AUGAUUGUAAUUCUGGCCUGGAAGCAGGUAGUUCUCAGCGUUGGCGUGCGAGUGAAGGGGAUACAACAAGGAAGAGUUCUGUCGAUCUUCUUCAAUGGAUUCGAGCUCUCUAGAUCUCUAACCACGCCUGGUUCGCCAAAUGGCGUGCGCUUUGCGCUCGAGAGGGACCUCACCAAGUUUUCAAAAAUCCUGCGAAGGAGAGGUCGAUUCUACAUCACCAUGGAAAACGCCUUAGAUGAAGUGAACACCGGCAUAUUUUAUGUCGAUCUCGACGUGUCUUACUAUGGAGGACUGACCUCCCCACGCGUGCCCCACAGCCUUCUCCCUCUCUCCUCCUCCAAGACACGUGGCCGGCCCCUUAUCCUCUCUGGGAGAGACGCCAAGGGAAUUCUGGGCACCAAUCAGCAGUCGCCAGGUGGCGGCUCGUCCUUCGGCCUGGCGUCAGCUUCGGUCAUGGUGUCGAAUUUCCCAAAGAAUUUGGUCCGUGCUGAGCUGGAUCUGACGUUGACAGCGCAUGGUGAUGACAGGGCGUACUUCAGUAACAUGCUGGAGAGAUACCACAGUGGCCUUCCUGACUCUCUCAAGGCUAACUUCAUCCCUGGAAGCCCUUACCGCGAGAUAGUUGUCUACAUAGACGGGAGAUUCGCAGGAUCUUUCUUCCCCUUCCCCGUGCUCUCCCCCUCCUCUCUCCGCCGGUCCCUCUGGACCCCUGUGGUGGGGAUCGGGUGCUUUGCAUUGGAGCCAUACUCGUUAGACGUGACCCCCUUUGUCGGACAGCUUGCGGAUGGGAGGAAGCACAAUGUUACUGUAGCGGUUUCAGGGGUGCUGCCUGGAGGGGUAUGGCUUGCGAGUGGGGUGUUUCGCCUGUGGCUGGAUCCAAUCCUGCUGAAGACCACAGGAAGAAUCACCACUUUUGAUGUUCCAGCGCUACAGUACUACGAGCCGCCGCCCAACAUCUUCACUGGCAUAGACGGAACCCUGGAGGCCACUGCCAUGCGGCGUUACACCAUUGGUGGGCGAAUCCUCACUUCUCGUGGGGUGGUAACCAGCCUGGUGAAAGCCUACCAUGUGCUUCAGAGCCGCACGGAGGCUCUCGGACAGCUGAAAUUUCUCAAGACAGACUACAAUGUGGUCGCGAAUGUGACAACAAGGAGGGGCAGGCUGAGCGGAAUGCUGAUUGCCAAGGACACGGUGACGCAUCAUUUCCCACUGACCAUCACCCAGGCAGUGUUUUCAGAUCAAGAUGGAAGCACCUCGUUCAAGCUCUCUCUCUCCCACAGCUUCCAGCAGCAGCACCUUCACAAGGACGGAAACAGCCUCACGAAAUCCACCCAGGAAUCUCUCGCCAACUCCCAGACAUGCAACCUGCUUGAGUAUGGAAUCAGCUCAGAUAGCAUUGCUACCUCCAGCCCACUAAAUAACAGCGGGCUGAGUGCCACUAACAACACUAGCACUACAGCAGAACCCGCUGCAAAUGGUUCAGAAGCUCGUGAUAGUGCUGAUGCCACUGGUGUGGUGGUAGGGCCGUUUUCUACACCUAAUUUGGUCGUGGUGGGAGGGUCCCAGACCCUAAGCAUUCGAGGUAGCAACAAAAAGGCUUGCUUCUGGCGGAAUGUAGAGACAGGGGGGCUGCAGGUGCUCUCGGACGGCUCAGAGCACAAGUGCUAG